GGACCUUUAUUUUGAAGUGUGUGCUGUAGCAGGUUGAUCACUCUCAGCUCUGCCUCUCACGGGCUCGGUGACGGAUCUGAAGCUUAAUAAGAUAGGAUGGCUGAACUGCCUCAGUCAUGUGACUGUUUCGUAUCUCUACCUCCUGGUUCUAAAGAAGACUAUGUGGUCUUUGGUAAGAACUCUGACCGCCCGAGAGAUGAGGUGCAGGAGGUGGUGUAUUACCCUGCGUCCUCACACGCUCCUGGGUCUACAGUGGAGUGCACGUUCAUUUCUAUCCCUCAAGCUGAGCAUACCCAUGCGGUUGUGCUGAGCAGACCCGCUUGGAUUUGGGGGGCUGAGAUGGGGGCUAAUGAACAUGGGGUGUGUAUCGGAAAUGAAGCGGUGUGGACCAAGGAGCCUGUGGAUCCAGAGGAAGCUUUGCUGGGAAUGGACCUGGUUCGGUUGGGUCUGGAGCGCGGGGACAGCGCGGGGUCCGCUCUGAAUGUCAUCACAGGUCUACUUGAGCAGCACGGUCAGGGUGGAGCCUGUAGGGAGACCACCGAACCCUUAAGUUACCACAACACCUUCUUACUAGUUGACCUUCAGGAAGCCUGGGUCCUAGAAACUGCUGGAAAACUUUGGGCUGCUCAAAAAGUCACAGAGGGAGUCAAGAAUAUCUCAAACCAGCUGACGAUAGGCUCGGAGAUCUCCGCAGAGCAUCCAGACCUGCGCAGCGUGGCCCAGACUCAGGGCUGGUGGAGUGGGGAGGGGGAAUUUAGCUUCACUGCUGCCUUCAGCCCUGAUGACCCCCCUGCCAGGAUGGAGAUGGCCAAGCAACGCUACAAGGGCGGCACAGCCCUGCUUCAGCAACAUGAUGGCUCUGUGACAGCAGAGGUGAUGAUGAGCAUCCUGAGGGACAAAGCCAGUGGGAUCUGUAUGGACUCCGAGGGCUUCCGUACCACAGGCAGCAUGGUGUCCAUUCUCCCACGAAAGCCAGACAUGCCCUGCAUCCACUUUUUCACUGCCACUCCUGACCCCUCCAGGUCUGUAUUCAAGCCUUUUAUCUUCUCUGAGAACAUGAGGUCUGUCAGCAUGGUGGUAUCUCCGCAUUACGGUCCAGAUGAUCCUGUUAAGACACAGCCUCGAUUUCAGCAUCAAGUGGAUCGCAAACAUGAGCUCUACAAAGCCCACCAGACAGCACUGACCAAUUCGGAUGCUGCCGUCUCUCUACAAGAGACUAUGAGAAAUUUGGAGUCUCAAUGUGUUGAAGAGAUAGAGGCCAUGCUUAGGGGAGAGAUACAGGGCCAGGAGCUUGGUGACCUGUUCUUCGACUGUGUGGACGCAGAGAUCAAAUUCUACCAGUGAAACUGAGCAGAGCACAAAAGAAGAUAUUUUGAAGAAUUCUGAACAACGGUCGUGGCGGUACCCAUUCACUUCUAUUGUAGGGACACAAAACCAAUCAAUAGGUUCUGCCAUUGUUCGGUUGCCAACAUUCUUCAAAAUAUCUUCCUUUGUGUUCUGCAGAAGAAAGAAAGUCUUACAGGGUGAGUAAAUGACAACAGAAUUUUCAUUUUUAUUGUGACUGCUGCCCCAUCUGUCUUUCUGUGAUAUGGCUUGUAACUUAUAACUGUUUUGCAGUUCUCAUUGUGAAUGUAACUAGUGCUUGCUGAUCUGCCUGAAGAGAAAGAGAGAGAGAGAGAGAGAGAGAGAGAGAGAGAGAGAGAGAGAAAGUCCAGGGCACACAGGUUCCUGCCUGCUGAAGUCCUGCUCUCCUAGAUCCCCCGAUGCCAUGCCAAACUAAUUGUGAUGUCCAUGCCACAUUAACUGUAGCAGUUAAAAAAGACACAUUAUAACACACUAGAUGUUCAUGUGAGUGGAUCACCAUAAUCAUGUUUAAUUGUCUCAAAGGACGGUCAUGUAUGCAUCGCAUUGACCAGUUUGUGAUAGAUUACUAAGGUGUGUAUGUGCUGUGUGUACUGUAGAUGUGUGAGAAGGGAGACAUAAGUGAAAGUCAUUCCUGUUAAGAGAAGGGUUCAGCUACCAGACUGUCCCUCUGAGGAGAAAUACAAUAAAUGUUAAUGAUUCAACCUGA